UCCCCAGAGCAUUGUAGGGACAAUAUAUGUAUGGCUACCAAUCAAAUCUCGCAUUAAUGACCAUAAUUAUAAUUUGCAUAGAGGGCUCAUCACUAAUUUUGCUAGCUCAGGCAGUUCGUAACCCGGUAAUCAUACUUUGAGAACUACGAAACAAUAAUAAAUCACAAAGAGGGGUAGGGGGAACCCCUUAAUAAUAAUAUAUACCAUAAUUAUCAGUAAACCUGUUGGUGUGACCUCUGAACCUUGCGACUACCUCCAGUAUCCACAAUACUCACUGUGAAGUUGUCAGCAGCAACGGCAAGUAUACAGCUGUACAGGAAUACACAUUCACUUUCAUAAACUAAAUUACAUGGUGUACAGUACAUGCAGUUUAAGUUGUGAGUAGAUACAGGCAACAAACUCCAAUGGUACAAAACAACAGGGAAUGUGUAUUUUGAUCUUUCUAUAAGUUGCGUAUAGCCAGCAACAGUAAGCAUAACAGCUUCAGUUUCAACAUAAUUAUGUAAACUAAUCCAAAGGCGUGCACAUUCAGCUCUAAUUGGCUGCAUCAUUAAGUGUUAAGUGAUAAAUAAACGUCCAUGGAGGAGGUGACCAGCCAUCGACCAUCAGGACUAAACGACUGCAUGUGUGCGUGUGCGUGUGUGUGUGUGUGUGUGUGUGCAUGUGUGUGUGUGUGUGUGUGUGUGUGUGUGUGUGUGUGUGUGUGUGUACGGGAACACAAACAAUCAAACAAUAAACACAAUGUGAAACCUAUCAUUUAUAAUCAGCAGAAGGCAGACUCAAAGUCAUUGUAGGCAAAACAAUAAGUGUGUAAAAGCUAGGUCGUACUAUGCAUGCAUAUGGUAUCUAGAGGCAGUUUAAAGGUAGUUCCCAUAGCAUUGUAGGGACAAUACUGUUGAGUAUAUGCAUGGCUACCAAUCAGUUCCUCUUAAUAAUAACUAGAGCACUGAAGUGCAAACCCUCGGCGUUAAUUUGAGGUUCAGUAUCGAGUCAAAGCCACGUGUAUAUCUAUAGGCCAACGUGCAGGUUCGAGCUUCUUAGCUUUUGCUCGCCUUUAUUUGACAACGAAGCUUUAACAUCAAAAUCUGCCAAACUAAUUUGUUGUGUUGAGGCUAUCCAUGGUAAACACAGUGGUGUUGCAUCCAGUUGAGUAGACUCAGAAUACACAGACAGACAGACUGACCGACUACUAUAACCCGUGGUGCCGCGGCGCGUCUCGGGUUAAUUAUGUCAUAAUUAUGAUUUGCAUAGAGGGCUCAUCACUAAUUAAUUUUUGCUAGCUCAGGCAGUUCGUAACCCCCUAAAAGAGGCAUACUUGAAAAACUACGAAAAAAACUAUACAUCACAAAGAGGGGUAGGGGGGAACCCCUUUAUACAUACCAUAAUUAUGUGAUCCUGUUGGUAUGACCUCCGAACCUUCUGACCACCUUCCUACCUCCAGUAUCCACAAUACUCACUGUGAAGUUGUCAGCAGCAAUGGCAAGCAUACAGCUGCACAGGAAUACACAUUCACUUUCAGUAUAAUUUUUGCAUUAACUAAAUUGCAUUGUGUACGGUACAUGCAGUUUAAGUUGUGGGUAGAUACAGGCAACAACAUUACUGAAUUUUAUAUAAUUAAUACACACUAGUCAAACUCCAAUGGUACAAAACAACAGGGAAUGUGUAUUUUGAUCUUUCUAUAAGAGCCUCUAAAACACAGCCAGGUUAAUGAAGUCAGAGUCUCCAUGUAUUUCAGUCUGUGCUGGCCACCUUAUUAUUGAAGCCACUGUUAGUCUGCCCGAAACUUUUAACAGGUUUCACUGAAAUGGGAAGUAAUGGGUUUGUUUGGGUUCCAGGGUAUGUAUCAAAUGUUGCCCUAAUAGUUUUCAAACUGAUAUACACAUCCGCAUAAUAUUAUGUUUACCUGUCUCUGUCUCUAUGGUAGCCCAUACACAGGGGAGAUUCAAUAUCCACGCUGCACUGUCUUGUCAUAAAACGACCAUACCUAAGGAUGAUGAAAAAAUUAAAAAGGGUCACAUGCAGCAUGAAUAUAGGCGUGGUUGUGGAUUCAUAGAGUUCCAAAUAAUGAUGGUAAAACAAAUUUAAGUGUAAAACAGAACAAUAUUCAUGGAGGAUUUGUGGUUACAAAGGUGCAUGGCUUCUUAUAGGUUAUAUAUAGUUUCUGAUAAUUGAGAAUUACAACUAGCUAGUUACGGACAACAUUAGCAUGGGAGAUAGAUCAGAAACAAGCAGAGACUCUAAGUCAGCUAGCAACUUGAAGACAAGCGAUUCAAAGUCAGAGAUUCCAAGAGCAACCAAUACAAGUUCUGACAGAGAGGUUCAUACUGAGAGACAGCUACUGAAAGGUAGAAAGAGCAAAGAGAGUAGCAUAGCACAAGGAGAACGAGUGCUGGUCCAUCCUACCAAUGUAGGAGGAGGAGAUGCAAUACUACUGGAGAUACAGAGUACAGAUGGCCAAAGUGAGAAACACCUUAUCGAUGGGGGCAAGGGACAAAAAACAGGAGAGAAUACAUACUGCUACGAGAAUCUCAAAGACACUCUCAGGGCUCAUGGAUGCUUAGUACAGAAGAACUUUAUUGAAACUGGUACUACGUUAGAAGAUCGAACUUGUGAACAAGUUACACUGGAGUCCAUUAUCAUCACACACCCCGACAAAGACCAUUGCGAUGGCAUUAACCGAUUGCUAGAAGACUUCACUAUCAUGUGCCCUAUCACAACAACUCUGGCAAGCUGUUUAAAAGUCGGGCAUUCUGGUGGCCCAAAAAAAAACAUGCAACUAGGUGAAGUGUUCUCGUCGAGUGAAGGAUGUCGAGUUAGGCACUGGUUCCCGUUAACCGGUGGUAGACGACAUACAAACAUCAAAACACUGUCAAUGGGUUCGACGAUAGAAAUAGACAAGAACAAAAAAAAACGAUUUAAGCUCAACAAAAAAAGCUCAAAAAAAAUAAGCUCAAAGAAAAAGCGCAAGGCAAAACGGCUCAACUUCAAUGCAACAAGUAUUCUGACAACUGUGAGUUUACAACCGAGUACAUGUGAGUAUGAUUAUGAUGUGGUGUUGACCGGAGACUCGUAUGGUACUAUUAUCGAGAAGAAACUGGCUUUGAAAGGUAAAUCCGUGGGAGUAUUUCAAGUGCCUCAUCAUGGAAGUAGCUACAAUCUCGAUGACGAAAAAACCACCAGAUCAACAGCUGAGGAGUUCACAGGUUUUUACUCGAGUUUUAAUGCAUACAUCUACUUAAUCAGUCACGGCGAUCACGGAAGCUACAAUCAUCCGCAUAGUGAAGUUAUCACAGGCAUUCUCUCUGCUGCUGUCCAGAAGAAACGAGAUCCUAAGUGCAAGAUAGUAGUCACGGCAACAUGGUUUGAAAAAUCUAAAAUUGACGAAACAAACAUUAGCAACUGGAGGGACUAUGUUGAUAUCUACUACUUCAAACCAGACACUCCCGGCGUCGCUCCCUAUGUCACUCCCUACGUCACCCUAGAUCCUAACGAUGAGAAACUGCCUGAGGGCUUACAACUGUUUGUCAAAAAGGUGCCAGCUCCAAAGAGUCUAGAAAACAAACUUGGAGAAAAGAAUUUGCAGAGGAGGGAGAUUGGUCGUGACGGAAACAGCUUCUUCAAUGCCGUCAGUGGAGCACUAACAAACAAGUACACACCCAUCCAGCUGAGAAAGAAGCUUGUUGAACACUUGAAUACAUUUCCAGAUCGAUACUAUCCAAGAUCAGGAGCAACUACAAAGGAUAAAUAUAAUGAGAUCGUAAGUAAGUAUCUAUUGGAUGGCCACUUCUCGUCUGAUAUUGAAAAAAUUUUGCCCGAGGCAAUGGGACGGACACUAAAUAUUCGAAUACAAGUUAUCGCAGCGAAUCCUAAACAAGAAGACAAGUUUUACGGUGUCGAAUCCACCCAGACUAUUCUCAAACUUAUAUACAAUGAGACAGACAAUGGUCAUUAUGACUACGCCCAGCAAGCCACGGCACAAGGGGCCACUACUGAGCAGACUCCCGAGGAGAAAAAAGAACGUCCACGCUUAGCAAACAAAGGAGCUGGAAGACGCCUCAAGUUCGGGCCAAAUGACAGGUGAAACAAAUAAUAACGAGUGUUGCCAGCUGCGCUGUGCUAAUGCCUCUCGCCAUGUUUUGUAGAGCGUAUAUAGAAGAAGAAAUUAGUUUGCUUUGUAUAAUGUUACGUUAUCGAUGCAAAUAUUGUUGACACUGACUGAACCAUACAGUCAUUAUAGAAGAGGCGCUUAAUGGAAACAGAAGCCUAUAAUUAUCUGAUGGCUUGAUGAACGGAUCUUCAAGAAUAGAAGCCAGAGGAUAUAGAAGCAUGUAGAUCUAUACAGUACAUAGCCUCGAUCCCAAGCCGCACUUCCUCGAAGAGUGGGCCUGGUAUCGACUGCUUGCGCAUGCGCUUUAACCAUUAGCCAGAUACCGGCUAACGCAGGAUAACAACGUGUAUGCUCAGUAAAACAAUGACGUCACAACAAACAGAAGUGGAUUGAAGGAAGUAGAUAGAAAGUUUGAUUGAAAGCCCAUCUGAUAGCAUUCUGAUAGCUACCCGUAGCCUGGUAACAAAAGACUCACAGCCUGCAACACCGGUAUGGAUGACAAUCAUCUCAACGGAGUGAAAGCUGACACUAGCCUACAUGGACAGGCCACGCCCAUCUAAUACUAACUUUGGUGAAAGUCUACUAUGCUACUGCUAUUAUGUAUAGCUGUACAACAAACCUACAGCUCUGUCUCUAGCUAGCUAGCUAAUAUUCUUUGUCAGGAUAUAAAUUCAGGUAUUAUAGGAAAUUUUACGGGAAAAAGUAUCCAAUAAUUUUGCGCAUGCGCAAGCAGUCAGUAGCAGGCCUUCUCUUCAGGGGAGGCCAGUGAAAGAAGCUAUAUACAGUACUGCAUUUUCUGUCAAAAAAGGGGUGGAUCUCCAAUGAGGUCAGAUCGAGUUCACAAGGGCUGUUGGAAGUGUACGUGCGUGCAGCUUUGCAGCUCUUUUCUGAUUCUUGUAGCUAACAAAUAGCUAGCGCUUUAGUGCUCAUAAGUUGAAUAGAAAGUUUGCGCUAACAUAUGAUGCUAUGAAGAGACUGUUAACAGCCUUCACUGCGAGUCAAACUAGCCAUAACUCGAGAAAGAAGCUUUAACUUUGCAAAUCCACGAAUCAAAAUCCAAGAGAACAUGAAGCCUAUAGAAGCCGUUAGUUUUUAUCGCAUUGUAACUGUUGAGCAGUUAUAGCUGGAACAGACACACACACACACACACACACAGUCAGCUUUACCGUAUCCCUAGUGCAGCUACGCCUCGAGGCAUAAUUAUUAAUGUGAAAUAAGCAGUUUCAUUAUACGAUUUACAAUUUACCCUUAUAGCUAUCGUAUCUGUAAUGAACCGGAAAAUCCUAAAAGAGAGGUGAAAAUAGGAAGAGAGAGAGGAAGAAGGGGAGAGAGGGAGAGAGAGAGAGAGGGGGAGGUACUAUAACCAACAU